GCAAAAGCGUCGAUAUCCGCACCUCUCCACUCACUAGUUACGUAACCCAUAUGUGAAACUGCACUCGUGCACCAGUUGAAAAAUCUCCAGAAAAAUGGAUAUCGGGGACAGCGCGAAGGCCCAGGCGCGGUCCAUCCUUGGACCGACUAAAGAUGCGGAGUUCUUACAAAGUUUCGUGCGCGUAGGGACGGGAGAUGACGAUGAAGAGACGGCAGCACCCAAGGCCUCCAUCAGCAAGCGCGCCCCACCCAGCGCUGACAAGGACGACGGCAAAGAUGAUGACGAAAAGCACUCAGCAAAAGACAGGAAGGACUCCAACUCUUCGAAGACACAGAAGAAGUCGAAGCGCAAACACAAACGAGAGCGUCGACGGCGGGAAGAGGAGCUUUACACGGACAAGGACCGCGCUGCGGCCGUGCUGCUGGGCUCCAGGGACAUCAAGCAGUCCAUGAUCAUGAAGGACCAGGCGGAGCGCACCUGCGCGCUGGACCUGCCCGCCGAGGCCGACGCCGGCACGCUGCUGGGGCUGGCCAGGGCCGAGAUCAUGAGGGAACGCUUCCGGAAUGCACUUACUUUUGUUGAUAAGGCAAUAGAGCUGGCACCAGAAGAGAAGGCAGCGUACGUGGCGCGCAGCAAAUGCUACCUACUCCUCGGGGAGCCGCGCUCGGCGCUGGCGGACGCUGAAGCAGCCCUCCAGCUGGACCCCAAGCACGUCCAGGCUCUACUGCACAAGGCCGAAGCCCUGUACUACUGUGGGGAGUUUGAGCUCAGCCUGGUGCACUAUCAUAGGGGCUUGAGGACAAGACCUGAUCUGCACGCGUUUAGACUUGGCGUGCAGAAGGCUCAGGAGGCAAUCGAAAACACAAUCGGAACCGUAAAACCAACAAAAAAGACCAGCAAGAAGACUCCCAAAGCCACCAGACCCGUGCUCGGCCAGCUCAUGUCCGACAAGAUCUACCUGGAGAAUCUACUGAAGAACCCAGACCUGGCCAUAGCUGACAAGAAGAAUGAGGAGGUGACGAGGCAGGCGGAAGAGGCGCUGAGGUUCCUGGAGAAUAGGGAGGAGUUCUGGCGGCAACAGCAGACCGCUGCAGGGAAUUAAUGACACUUAAUUAUAAUAAUCAUCUUGUCAACUAACGCGUUAGUCUUUACCGAAAUAAUCUGAAAAUUACCUCGUUAGAUAAGUACUUAUUAUUGUUCCUAGACAGGGAGCGGUGGUAGUUCAGUCGGGUAAGCGCCCGCUUCUCACGCCAGAGAUGCGGGUUCAAAUCCCGGCGCUGACAUGUACCAAUAAGUUCUUUUAACUUAAGUACAAUGUAUACCAUCGCUCUUACGGUGAAGGAAAAC